AUGGGCAAUGCUGCCACGUCAAAAAGGGGCGAACCCGCCGAUGGUAUUUUCCUUAUUUCAGUGGAUACAUUAAUAUUUAAUGCACUUAAAAUUUUUUAUCGUAUCUAUUUUAUUCGUUUUUAGUUAAGGCCUUUCUCGAUGAUGCUAAGAAGGAUUUCCUCGAAAAGUGGGAAAAACCGUCACAGGUAUUUGGAACCAGUGCAUUUUGCUACAACUCUAUUGGUCGUGUAGAAUACCGCCUGCCUCGAUGACUUCGAUCGGUUGAAGACUCUGGGAACAGGUUCUUUUGGAAGAGUAAUGCUUGUUCAACAUAAAGCCAAGAAGGAUUACUAUGCAAUGAAAAUUCUAGACAAACAGAAGGUACUGGAGUAAUUUUUGAGAUAACUACUAGGUUGUCAAACUCAAACAAGUCGAACAUACACUGAACGAAAAACGGAUAUUACAGGCCAUUUCUUUUCCAUUCCUUGUUAAACUGGAGUACCACUUCAAGGUUUGUUGCUUGUGAAAACUGUGCUAUAAGAUUCUCUUUUAAAAUUUUUAUAUGAUACGUUAUUUUGACCGAAUAAAUUUUUUUAUUUUUACUCUUAAUACUCAACUUUUUGAGUUACAGUCAUAUAAACAUCGACCUGUUAGUUUCCUAUCCUACCUGCCUUUUAGUCCUCCUUCGGAGACACUCAACCAUUGUUUCGUUGAGCGCUGACAUAAUUCACUUAAAGCGUUCUGACAUUGCACCUUUCCAUGUUUUCAAGUAUUGUUUGUUGAUGCCGUUAACGGUGUCCCCGAGUUCCUGAGUUUAAUAUUAUCACCGGUGUGCCAUUUUAGUUUACCUGCCGCCUAGGGGACUGAUUGUCUUUAAAUUUAUUUGAUCCCAGUUUCUUCGUCUGCUCACCAUCUUUUUUCUUAUGAAAUAUUUUUUCUUGAUACGGUCUAGAUUUUGAAAUUUCCUUUUAGGACAACAGUAAUCUCUACAUGGUCCUUGAGUUUGUCAAUGGGGGUGAAAUGUUCUCACACCUCCGGAAAAUCGGUCGAUUCAGGUAUUUUCGAGCAUUGGUCUAAGUUUUGCUUAACGCUGCUUUGCUUCUCAGUCCAGUGUUAGCUUCCCUUUUGACAUUGCUUCUCAACAUUGGUUUUUCGCUUAUAAAUUCAACUUACUUUGGACGCGAGCAAUGCGUUGGGAGCUGUACUCUAAUAUCGUGCUUGAUUUGACGACUGGUCGGACAAAACUUAGACCUUUGUUCGCCGAGAGCCUGCGAUCGGAAUUAGUAACCACAAACGCAAAGCUCCGCAAAAAGCGCUUUUAAACUUGUCCUUUUUGAGCUCGUCUAGGAUAUCUGUCCUUGCAAAGGCGACUAAUAUAUUUGGCGGCUCGAAGCGACUAACAUUCGCCUGGCUGGUUAUUUCCAAAUAAAGACUUCAAAGUAAUUUUGAUUUUUGUUUACUUUUCAACUUAUUGCCGUCGUCUUAAAGAAGGUAACUUGAGUCCAUUUUACACUGACAUUUUUACGGUUUCUGUUGUAUGAACUACUGCCGUUUAUAUAGCCAACAUUAUUUAGAUGAUUUGAAAUGCAAUAGCUACAUGUCCACUUUUAGUGGAAAAUUAAGCCAAGAUAGUAUUAUUUUGCGUAUUAAAGCCUAACAAUGGUCGUUUGGCUAUUGCCGAAAUAAGAUUAAUAUGAGUUUUCGAAGCUCUCUUUUCUGCAAUAGUAAAUGGGCUUAGACUGCCAUUUUACUAUUUUCACUCACGCACAGCCCAUUGUAACAUGGUAAACAUUUCGACUGUUGCUCCCUAUACACCGGAUAGUGCAGGUUAUAUGCAGCGAAAUUAUUUGAUCACUGAUUGUGGUCGAGUUUUUUGUUUAUGAGGAAGAUAUGGCAGUUAGGUCCAUGUUUUAUUCACCACCGUGUCCCCUUAUUUCAGUGAACACCAUGCGCGUUUCUACGCGAGUCAGGUCGUACUUGCAUUUGAAUAUCUGCAUCACCUUGAGCUGGUCUAUCGCGACUUAAAACCGGAAAACAUCCUCAUUGACCAACAAGGUUAUCUAAAGGUAUGUCACCUUUGUGUAUCUAUUUUUGGUAAUGAAAUAGACUGAGUAGAACCGCUGGGAUCUGUUUUGCGUCAACCAUUCGAGUCUUUUCCAUCUUACCAGUAAAAAUUCAGCGUUCUCAGAGACAAAUAUCUCUCUAUGUAGUACACAUAUCUUUCGCUUCCACUAUACGUGCUGAUUAAUUCUUAAUGUGUGUAAGACCCCAGCCUUUCGUCGGCCACAUGAUUAAGACGCGCUGUCAGUCGUGCGUAUUCUAAACAGUCAAGCUUGCAAAUGCAAAUUGCAUUCAACGUAGGCACUGAAAAACUCAGGCUGUCUUUUUUCACAAAUGCACUGGAGCCUCCAGUCGCCCUUGAAAAAAUCCGGCCUUUUUGGACACUUUUUAUACGUACACGCGACUCUGGCUUUUGACAGCACUUGCCGUCUAAAAUCAGUCGCUAUUUUGGAUAUUAAAAAAAAACAGCUUCUACAAUAGCGGGCAUUAUAUAUAUUCGACCUUAAAAUAGGUAGAUGGGGGAUAAUCAGGGUAUGGUUGCCAUUACUGGAAAUAAACUCAUGCUGAGGUGCCCCUUAUUUGACUGGAAUUUUGGCAGUACAUCAUGAACAUUUAUCCUCAAAUGCAUAAGGUGGUGUCUAUUCUUUAAUACCACGCAAGAGUACGAGUUGUUCGGGGGAUUCUGUAACUCAGUCUUAAGCAAAUCCAUGAUUUUCCACAUAAAGGAAAAUUGUUACUUUUGUCAGGCGAAUUCUUGACAGUGAAAAGCGAUUAUUUUAGACGGCUAUUUUGUUUACGCAGGCAAUCUGAUCACUUUUUCAGUAGGAAGACAUUCUAAUCUGCAUUCGGAAAAUAAAAAAUACUCUUCUAACUAUGCAUUCAACUUACUGAGAAUGUAGCAUACGUGCCUUCCCGUUUCCUUUUCCGCGGUUUUUCGGAUUGACUGAAAUUAGCGCAGCGCCCGUUGCUUGUGUGGCUGAAUGGCAUAUUGUAUUCAAAAACGCUAAUAAUGCAUUCUGACAACGUCAGAUGAAAAGCUCACGUUGCAUUUUUAAUAUCGCCCUGCGAAUUCGAACCGUUAAAAAACAACUUGCGUUUAUGAAAUGAACGGCAUUUUGAUUGGCAUUUUCCCAUUUUUUCGGCCAAUUUUCAACUAGCGAGUCAGCCGUCUUUACAUGGUAUAACUUAAAAAUGUGAUUGCCGUCGUAUGCUUCUACAAAGCAACACAUUUUAUGCCAUGAAAGCUAAUUCGACAGGCUCUGGACAAAAACAUUCGUGACUCGUGAUGGGUCGUGGCAGUAGUCCUGGACUUCCACAUUUUUGGAUAAGCACAUGGGUGUUCCUUCAACUCCAACUCGUCUCCCCCCCAUCCCUCACUUCUCAUCACCACUUCCCCACUGUCCAACCCGUUUGAUGGGUUUCUUCCAGCUAGCGCUUGCACACGCUUGUUUGUGGUGAUGCAAGGUCUUAGUCUAGCCUUCAUUAGGAGAUUUGGCCAGCCGGAUAUUGCUACUCCGACCGGCUUCGCCCACUCUCUGUUUCCAUUUUCCCAGAUGCUUUUAGCUGCGUUUUGGCCCAGCCCAAAUCCUGCAAAAUAUAAAAUGUCCGUCCGAGUGGUGGGCUUUUCGUGUCUGUGUGUAUGUGUGUGUGCGUUUGUGAUGAUUGCAGGCAAACAUUCUUGUUCACCUGUCAUUUGGAUGGCACGUGUUGAUAGAGGUCUUUCGGAAUUUCCUGCCACUUCUAAGUAAUCUGUCAUCAAUGAGGGCGUAGCCUACCCUGCUGUCUAGAAGAAAGUUUUUCGGCCUGUCUGCCUACUUCUGUGAGACGAUUACUUUUGUCAAGUUUAACGCCUUGUCUGCUUGCCUUUAGGGCUGCGUCCACAUUUAAUUCCCAGCAUCUGCAUCGCGUCUUAGAUAAUUUUAGUCUUCUCCCAUCAUGCGCAAGCUAGUAUUGAUAAGAGGCUGGGGGGAAUAGGUGAGCCACUGUUGGAAUCAAGAAGUCUUCUUUUCAAGGGACUAGGACUUCACUGUCAGUCAGGGAAAACUCGAGGUAGCCAUUCUUCCUCCCUUUUAUCCAAGUUUAAAUUCUACUAAAUAAGAACGCGAUAGACAGUUUCUCGAAAAUCGGCCCAAUCAUGCUUGUUGUCUGAGGGCCAGACGCUAGGCAUCACGAGGACAGACCUUAGUCUGCAAUUUUAUUGGACCCCGUGUAGUUGUAAUGCCCUCUUUGAGAAAUGGCGUUCGAUAAAACCUGUCGAGUGCACUCUGGGCUCUAGCUGCGCAUACAUCUCAGCCAAAAUGACAAAGAUUAUAUGUACCCUCCUCCGAGGCAUCCGCUGCCCUUUACUCGCUUGUCCUCCCUUCGCGCUACAGGCUGAAGAUGGAAUAUUAUUGAUGCUGUCGCCGACAACUGUUUCCGGUCCCUAGUUGUUCUUUGACAGAAUAAAAGGUUUCCAUUCGUGGAAACGGUACUCCGCCCGAUCAUUUGCUCGAUGCAGCCUAUCCCCCACCCCCCUUUUGUUCUGAACUUCCAAUCUUGAGACAUCGCAGGCGGUCGCGCAACUGUAAAAAUCAAUAAUCUGGAGGCAGUAUCGACAAUGAUGAAAAAGCAUUUCUGACUGACUAGUCAUCACCAGCCCAACAUGCCCCAGCAUACCUCGUAAACGACAGUUCGACCGUCGUUACCGACGCUGUCCACUGUGUGCUCCACAACAAGGUGUCAAGACACAGUCAAAAAGACCGGAGGCGGAGGAGGGCGCAAGUGGUCGAGCCUGCAUCUUGGCGUUCCACUCCACACCUCCUGUUCCACACAGCAAAUAACCAGGUUUUUGAUUCAUAACAUCAGUCUGAGAAGGCAGGGAUCCUAGUGUGCGCGACGUCUACCGGCAACCGAGUCUGCCACCGCACCCCGAAAUGUUGGCAUUUGUUUUGGUGCACAUUCCGAUAAUGCCUGCCAGAAUCGGAUAUGGCCCGGUGUUGGCCUGUUUUGGGGACACAUUUCUUACACAGUGGGACAAGCACGAUGCUGCCUAAAUUAGACAGAAAUGGCUUUUCACGCGUCCUCUUUCCAGUCGGCAUUUCCGCGCCCCCCCCCCCUCCAUGGUAUUUAUUUCGCCGCCUUCCAAGCUGAUUUCUGCGGUGUGGACUUCGAGGGGGAUAGGUUAUACCAAACCUAUGUCCUAUACCAUCCCAUAAUGUUACCUUUUGAAAGUACAAUAAGAUGAUGUGCUAUUUCAGCAUGACUAACAGUAUUUUAACCACCUCGCAUGAAGUUUUCUCACAAACUGAACUUGAUGCACAUUCACGUACUGGCAUAGUUCUGAGGAUGCUUUUUGUAUCCAACACACAGAUAGACAGAGAAACCUCCGACAGUAGCUGUUUCGGUCCUAUUCAUGUUCUCCUCUUAGCCAGCCACCCGCCGGCCAGCACUGAGGGCCUCGCGCCAGCCAUAUGUUCCCCCGGUUUCGGUCUAAUUGUCGAGGCAGCAGUACCGUCUACCCGAGUUCCCGCCAUGUCGGUCAAUCUUUGUUUGAGUCAGCUGAUCGAUCUGCUGAUGAUCCAGUCUUCCCAGUUUUUGUCUGUUCCUAUUUGUGUGUCUGCUCCCAGUGACGUCUGGUUGUUUAUUUGGGCGUGACGGUCACCGCCCAUUCCUGACUGCAGGACAUAGUAUGAGCUUCUUUCGUCGUCUUGGAUCCCUCAUGAUCGGUCGGUAAGCCUUGUCAGUUAGGGGCUUUGAACUUUGGACAGUCGGACAGGGGUUAAAGUAGUAAGUAUGCUUAUUUCUGUGGCCGAGGUAAAUGACACACAUAUCAAAAACAGAACUCCUUCGUGCACUGUAAACGCUCCCAUGUUGGAACAGAAGUCCACCUGAAAACUCCCUAUUGUAUGCAGAGUUUUGUCGAAAGACGCCCUCCUCCAGCUAUCUCUAUGUUACGAAUUCGCGUACAGGAGUAUUAUUGAAAGGCCCUAAAUGGAGGCCUGUUUUGCAUUAAAAAACGCUUUGCGCGCGUGGGAGAACAGCGAAAUUCUGGCCUGUCCGUUUGCCUCUCCCUGACGCUCUGUGUAGAACCCAAACACAGUAUAGUCGGCUUUGCACAACCGUAUGCCAGCCAUGCUAGCCCACUUAUGCUCAAUGCUAGCAGAAGAAAAAUAAACGCCUCACAGACGACACGUGAUUCUCCCGAAGGAUUUUGUGACUGCUCUCUGUGAUGCAUGACUAGAUGUUGCUCCAAGUCAGACUACAGUCGCGCCACAAACACCAACAGCAAGGUCUGUAAGAGUGCAGCCCCUGGAAGUGCACUGCCGGGGGGCAGUAUGAGUUGACCAAUCCGAAAUAUUGAUCAGCAUGGCUAAAUGUUCUGUCUACUGCAGAAAGUUAGGUAUUUACUUCAUGUGGUGAAGAUGGAGCAAUAUUUUAAGCAGAAUCGAACCCCGAGACAUACCGGUUCUCCUGUUCAGACCUUCUCAGCCCCUCUUAUCUCAUCAGGAGAUCAUCGCCACAUCCAUUUUGCAUAAUUUCACCCUGGUUCUCACAGCAAAGACUCCAAUUUUUCUAAAAAAAAAAGAAGAAGCAGGCAAGCCAACAUCCCCCCCCCUAUCUUAAUCCAUACGUCUCCCAGUAAAUAUGCAUUGGGUAAAACGAGAUAUGUUGUUAUAGCAGCAGUUUCAUUCACGUUUUCUCAUAUUUCCAUGUAUAAGUUGUCCUAAACUCGUGCGUAAUCGCAUUCAUCUUUUCAAGCCUCCGUUUUUCGUUAACACUAUCGGGGAACCCAAAGAUACCAGACUAUAUGCACAUUCAGGCAUAUGCCCCAGAGUUUUGAAUAAGUAUAAUACGGCGCGUAAAUCAACUUUCUCUUCAAUCAGUUCCUCGUUGGAAAAGUCGUUAUUUUCGUAAGGGAAAUUUUGAAAGUAAGAGCGGGCCGACUUGGCAGUUCGAGCAUUGAUUCCGACGAUGUCCACCAUGCGUCCCAGUGCAGGGUUGAUGCAGGAACAGCAACCAGCUCGUGAAGUCAUCUUUAGCGAUAGUAGGCUUUCGCUGCAUCUACCGCACUCUCUCCUCCUCUCCCGCCUGGACCUAGUGUCAAGACCGGAGAACGGAGGCGGGAUCGCACGCAGGUGACUGGCGCGACGCGAGCCUGCGCAUAGGCGUGCCGACACACCUUGUGACAUUUGUUUCAGGUGCUCAGUCCACUAACGUCAGCUGUGCCCCGAUAUUUUCAGCUUAUUGGUCUGACGCAACAUCGGCGUGGCCCGUUGUAAGGGGGAAAAUAGCGGACCAGAAUGAUUGUAGACUGCUUGUAGACAGCCUCAACUGCCAGGUUACGUACUUCGCCGUCUGAGCCAGUCUGACAUUACCUACUUUUCAUAUUCGUCUGCACCCCGAGCCUGUUUUAUAAAAGUUUGCAUUGGUGGGAUGGCAUCGUGUUUUUCACGAUCUCUGACCGCAGCCUUCCGAUCUCAGAUUGUCUUGGAACUCCUUUUAUUAAUGAAAUUGAGCUAAUUAAACGUCUCCUUGCAUCCUGAGGAAGUAUGUUGGUAUGAUGGUCACAUCAAGCUCGCAUCCUCAACAGAUGCCUCUGUAAAUUGGUAAAAUUUCGAUGGUUUUACCAGAAACGCAAAAGAAGGAACUUUAGGCAAACCUGUAACCUUUAUUUCAGCAGUCCUUCUGUUCUGAAAGGUUCUGUAGGAUACGGUAAAUCGCACUGUUCAUUUAAAAGGCAGGGUGAACGGUCCACCUUCAUGUGCCAGCUGGUUCCAUCAUUUGCCCUCCUUCCCCUGUUUUGUUCGUCGUUCCAGAAGUGAUUUAGCGCGGGGACAAGGUAAAUAUGACCCCUGAGCUGAAUAGCACAAGCAUUGAAGACUUCGUAGUCCGUCGCUCCCUCUCUCUCUCAGCGUCCUGUGUUGUUCUUGUAGGGAUACGCUCUUCGUCUGACGUCUCUUCCGGCAGCGUGGCCGUCCACAUCAGUUUUGCUGCUUUCUUUUCUUUUUCCUCCGGACAGAUCAGUAGGCGCAUUUUGUGCAAGAAGAGUUUUCUUCAAAGACAGGCAGUAUUGGUAGGGGUUCGACCUAUACGUUUAGACGGUGCAUAUACUCCUAGCCGAUCUCAGUUUUAGUCGGCUGACCGUUGGUGUUUUGGGGAUUCUUCGUUUACUGGGGGGCGAGUAAGCGUGGAAUUUUCGACUUACUGUUCCCCCCCUCUCCCCUCCCCCGGCACCCAGGACUCUAUUCCUCUUUGUGAAGACGGCAGGCCGGCGGUGAGGCGCCGCCCUCUUGCUUGACAAACAGCCCUUGUUCUGCCUUUUCCUUCAGUUUAUUGGUUUUGUGCGUAAUUUGGAAGGGGGAGGGGGUCUCGAGAAGACCUUUAUCAUAACAUGAUCAACUUCAUAGGCGAGGUAAUCGCGUUUCACUGCAGCAAGUCUGGAUGUAAGGUUUCUCUCUCCUAUUAAGCGUCGAUACUGCACUCUUGAAUGACCUGUCAGAUAUUACAGCCAGCGGGGUUUGGUAUGCACGACUUUGUGUUAAAGUAUUAUUGUAGACAUAUCGGGAAGCCAAUGGAUCGGUGGGCGCCCACUCCUGAGUGAAUAAAUACCCGAUCUGCAGCGACAGAGUAGGGCGGGUGGCUAGGCACUGAUGCAUUUCGGUUCGAUGAAGUGCUUAUGACCAAGUGGUGGACCAGCUGCGCCAGGUAUGUCUGUGCGCAUGUUUGUGUCUCCGUUCCCAACUGGUGGUCAGGGUUGUGAGUGGCUAAAUAAAAGCAAACAAGCCCGAAACAGUGUUGUAUAAAUCAACCCCCCCCCAGACUCUGUCGUCUCCCCUCUGAUAUAUAUAUAGGUAAACACGUUCUUUGGGAAUCAUAACUUCCAGUAUAUAUAUAUAUAUAGCAUGGUUCCUGUGAUCGCCUUAUCUCCUCAUAUAUAUGUAUGCAAUUGAGAGACGUUCAUCGACAACUUUACGUGAAGCACUCGUCCCAUUUUACCUAGAAAGCAAAUCUCAGGCCUCGUUAGCAGCCGCUCAGCGACUUAUUCAUGAUCUGAAUAGCAAUUUCUGGUUUACUGACCGUCAUCGGCCAACCAUGCCCACUCCCAGGUUUGCAAUCCCCAAGGCUCGAACCCGACAGGACAACGAGCCCGUGACACAAUAGUUGAACUGUCGGAAUUCCAACCAACAGAUCGCGAGUUCCGGCUUCAGGGUUUGCGAAUACCUGGAGUUUGUUAUGGCUGACGGCUAAUAAGUCAGAAAUGGUCACACCGGUCUCCUUUUUUACUGUCGAUAAUGUUAUUCCACCUAUAUAUGUUAGUGUUUAUCCGUAAACUGCGUUCGAAUGGAAACUUAAUCUGACUUUCCCUGAGCAGACGGGAUCGUAUGCAAAAGGUUUGGAGUCUAAUCUCAGCGUGGAGAUGUAAUUCUCGUUGAGGUUCACAUUAGAACCACAUUUUCAGGCAGCCUGCUUACCACUCCACUUUUGUCCUCCAUCGAAUGACUCAUUGUUGCCGUAUUUUCUGUCGCUUCGACUCCUUUGAUCUGACUUGCCUUGAACCUCCUUACCGUCCAUUCUAAUAACACCAAAGGAUCGAUUGUGCUCGGGAUGUGAUCAUGUUUUUACUUUCGCCUUCUGUGGUUAUUUCGCCCUCAACUAUCGUGUCAUAGUCUUCCUUUUCUGUCGUAGAUCACAGAUUUUGGAUUCGCAAAGCGCGUCAAGGGACGUACAUGGACUCUCUGCGGAACUCCAGAAUACUUGGCGCCGGAAAUUAUUCUUAGCAAGGUAAGCACUAUCUAUGCAUUAUUUACAAAUAUUUCCCACAUGUCUGUCUAAAUUGGGUCUAUUGGGAAUGUAGUAGACGAUGUGUUUGACCUCCCUGUCUCCAUCUGUCGGCUGGGAUCGAGAUUACGCAUUGUCGCAGGAGAGUAACGCUUACUGGUCCAUCUGGCCUGUUGGAUGGAAACGCAUAUUUCCGUUUUGUUUUGAGAUUCAGCUUCCAUGGGCCAUCCAAACCGUUGCAUAUCGACGAGGCCUAUGUUUGCUAACCGUUCGUUUGCCAGAAUGUUCAAGGGCCGGCAAAAAAUCAAUAUCAAGGCGUCUUUGAACUAUUGUCUAGAGUUUCGGCUCCCCUUGUUGCGUCCUCAUGUCUUUUUUAAUCAUACUUGUUAAAACCUUACUUUUUAGAAAGAUUGGUGUCGUUUUUAGGAGUUACUACCUAAUUCACUUCACGUUUGGGGGUUUCACAUGCCCUUAUACAUGGACUUUGAAGGGUUUUAAUGCAAAUGCCUUUCUUCAGUCCAACUGAUUUCCCGGUUUUUUGUAAAAUCCUUGACCGUUAGUGCUAUUAAACAAACAUCUAUCGAAUACUAGAGGACGGACCCGAAAUUCGAUAAUACAGCAGCUACUCCCUGUGUUAUUGCGUAUAAUACACAUGCGUACAUUAACUCGAGUGGAAAUUUAUGUGUGCGCAAUAGGGCAUCGUGCUUGCUUAUCCCUUCGAAGCUGUUUAAAAAGGUCCCUGUACCGAAGGGCUCUCUAACUGGACUUCAAAGCGCGCAUUUUCCCUGCAAGGGGCCAGUCGGUCACUCGGCGCACAGCCCUUACUCACUCCCUCCUCAACUUGGAUCUAGCGUCGCCUGUGCAGUGGGUAAUUAUGUUCGUCUGCUGUCAAACACACACACCCGCGCUUACGCAAACACACAAGGCGCAGUUUCCUGUCUUCCCCCACAUCUCGUCUCCCUCGUUUGCCCCAAAACUCUGUCGCCGUUGGCAUCGACCUGACGGGGUGGCGGCGCCGCCGAUCGAUGCGCGCCCGCCGUACGUCAACGUCGCCGUUUGCCCGUCAGCCAAUAGCAGGCUGCGACGAAGUUCAGCAGGGCACGCACCUGGUGCGGCGCGCGUACAAGCCGUGUGCAUGCGCGCACCCGAGCGCGUUCGUAACUAGGUCCUCCGUAUCGUGUUUUCGCGCGUUGCCUUUGCCAAAACUCGCGCACUGCCCAUAAUGUGUCUUCUGCUCCUACGCGAACCGGCUUUAUUCCCACUCUCUCUUCUGCUUUCUGCUGCUGCUGCUGCUGCUUCUUCUUCUUCACUCUCUUCAUUAUGCGUGCCUAUUGCGUGAGUGUGUGUGUAUAUGCGUCUGCUUGCGUAAGGGACAAGACGGAACCCCGCUUGCCUGCUUGUUUGCGUUCGUCUGCAAGGAAGCACCUCAGGCGUUCGCCACUUCCCUGUCAGCGCUCUGUUCCGAAUCCCUAGGCAAAGCGGGUCGCGAAAGUGAACACACCGCACAGACCCCUGUCCGGUCCGCUUGUAAUAAUCUUGCAGCUAGUAGUUUAAGGGUCCUUUUAAGAUAUCUUGCAAAUGGUCCGGUGUUCCGUGGGGCAAGGAUCGGUUACGCUGUCCGAGUCCCAAGUAGAAGCGCAAUGACGGGACACUGAAGGAAAGUAAGCCGUAGGAGAAUGGGGGGAAAGUAGCCGAAACUAAAAGGGGAAAGGGCAGCCUGAUUUAUGACGAAGGAGGCCUAGAAUCCUAGCUAACAGAACAUGGGGCACGGGCGUACCCCAAACCUAACGUUGAUCCUAACCGUAGCCUUAAAAGUAAACCUAAACCUUGACGUAAUUAUAAACCUAAAGUUAACCCUGAACUCAACACUCCAACUCUACUCCAAGUUAGCAGUUAAUUUCUGAGGAAAUUUAGUCAAGGGUCGGUUACGCUGUCCGAAUCCCAAGUUUAAGUGCAAUGGGAGCAUUGGAAGUAAAGUAGGGCGAAGGGGGAUGCUGAAGUCGUUAGUGGGGAAAGUAGCCGAGGCUGAAACGGAAAAGGUAACCUGAUGUAUGACCAAUCUUCCGCGAGAUUGAAGGAAGUCUAGGAUGCCCGCGAAAGACCUGGCUGACAGGACACGCGGGACAGCAAUACCUAACGUUAAUCCUAACCGUAACUUCAAGCGUAAACCUUAACGUAAUUAUCAACCUAACGAUAACCCUGAACGCUAAACUAAACUUCACCCUAGACCUUAAUUGCAACGGAGACCCCAACACUGACUCUAACUCCAACCCUAACAGUGAACGUAAACCUAAACUGUAAUCCAAACUCUAACCCUAACCUUAUCUCCAACCCGAACACCUAAACUUAACUCCAAGCCCUAAUUCCAAGGUCACUUCUAAACCGAACACCAAUCCAGACCCUAAAACUAACCCUAACUUUAAAUCGAAACAUCAGGUUGCCCCCUUUUCCGUUUUAGCUUCGCCUAAUUUGUCACUAACGAUUUCAGCAUCCUCCUUCAGCUUACUUUACUUUCAAUGUCCACAUUGCGCUUACACUUGGGACCGCAUAGCGUAACCGAUCCUUGCCUAAAGUUCUCCAAGGACGUGACCGUCAUGGAUAAAGGCAUGAAAUUAGGGAUUGAUUGGACCUCUUUAAAAGAACCCAAACAACGCAUGUGUCUGUUAGCUGACAGUAGUUCGUGAUUCAGGCACCCAAAUGCGGACAAUGUCGUGGGAUCUAGUCUGAGUGGAAGCCUGAAGUAUGCCCCACGCGGACGACCUGAUAACAGAAUUCCCGGUCAAGCGUUGAGCCCUUCGCACGGGCGGUUCUUGCUGCAGAGACACCACAGAACGCGAGGUCAGUUCUGUUCCACGCCGCCCUAUCAUGAAUCUGACGUCCUUAUGCGGUGUCUAAUCCAUGGAGUUUUAAGAACCACGGCAUACAAGUGACACCACGUUGAGUAAAACAUUAUGCGAAGUCGGCUGCCGCGCCGAAAGCAAUUUCCCACACAUCGUAGUCUUCUUGUCAAAUAAAUACGAUGAGUGUGGGGAGAUGGAGUGAGAUUGAUUUUCGCAAGUCUUCCUCCAUACAACCUAAUUCACAUCUAAGUAGCUUCUGUUCGCCAACAUGUUGAUGACCGUCGUCGAGCUAGAUUAACGAACGGCCAGUGAUAAUGUUGCUUGAAGAGACGAUGCAUCGGCCACAGUAUUUUAAUUAUUUUGUCUGAUGGUGCUGUCCGGCACCUCUGCUCCCCCUCCCCCUGUCCUUAUAUUUUGCAUGCGUGUGGACAGUCGGAUGACCCUGAUGUCCAGUCCACAUGUUGAUGAGAGCACGGGGCAGUUGUGUGGCUAACCGUAUGCUAACGACGCUAGGCCGCAUGACAGAUUAAAAUCCUUUCUGCCACCGCCAUAACUGGUCACGCAGGUCACGCAGGUUGGCCUACUCGUACGGCGUCUUUUAAGUGGGAUGCACUGAAGCGUGCAAAGCAACAACAGCAACAUCAACAAGACCUCGGUCCGCACAGACUGCUCCUUUCUAUCAGUUACAAAUGUUGUGCACAGUUUACCACAAACACACCGUUAGAGCUAACACGCAAUCUCGACGUUAACCUGAAUUACCGCCAGAAGCAGGGGUGGUUGUAUGCCAACCAAUGACGGUAGCACUGGCCUGGUUAGACGCCUACCAACCCAGUAUCAUGAACCAGUGUCAGGGCCCUCAAGGUCAGCUUAACUAACCCACGGUGUUCACCUUGUAUUCCUGCGUUGCCACGUCUCCUUUGUGAUAUAUCCCACGUUUGUGAAAUUCGAGGAUGUAUGGAAGGCAGUGUGUGGUGUCUUUAAGUCGCAUCGGCCAUAACACAGACAAGGGCGAGUCUCUGCCACAUGAGAAGAGGAAUAGGGAGCGAGGUCAAAGCAGCUCGGACCCAGGACAUCGUUUCCUCCAUAAAGGUCUUUGAAACUAUCAAGACAUCUUUGAAACUGUAGCCCAGAAGAUUGGUAACGGAUAAGAUAACUCUGAACUGCUCAAUAACAAGGACAGACGGCAAUACCCUCUUCUUAAAGUGGCCUUUAUGUAACGCCUCCCCUAACUGGCUAGUGAAGAUUUAAGAAUCAGCUCGAGUUUUUGGCACAUAGAUGAUCUUAGCAACCUUGCCCACCUCCAAUUGCCUUGAAUCUGUCUUGCAAUCGGGACGCAAUGGAGGUGGGAAGGGAGAGAGUGAGAUAGAUGCUUCACAAGUUUGUUUCACUAAUGACUUGUUAGCGUAGAAGUCACGCCUGCAUCCUCUCCAGGACAGUGGUUUUCCUUGUUGAGUGUGCGAUACGAUUUACUUGGAUAAAAACUGGAUCCUAUGUUGAGUGGGGUCACCCACUAGCGUUUGAAGGUAGCGUGAAGACAACUACAUGUGCUGCUUCCCCACUAUAGCUUAACGGACGCGCGCUUAACUAUAGGAUCUCCGACGCUUUUAACUGAAGAGUUACUUGGUGCAGUUAUACCAGGAGUCAAAAACAGAGGGCAGCAACCUUGUCACUUUGCAACCAUGUGAAAUUAACGCCGAGUGACAGGAAGAGCAGGACCGUUGAAGUGACGAAUCGUCCGAUCAGUCAUUGUGCUAGAUCUCAUUCUACCAAUAAGAAAUGUACGAGAGUGAACGGGAGUCUGAGGUUGCUGUUAUAGAGUUCUUUUUCAACAGCUUAACAUCAGACUCUUGCUGGCCGUUCUGAGCCUGACCUGUUGCUUUCUGUAACAUUUCAGGGCUACAACAAAGCCGUGGAUUGGUGGGCCCUGGGCGUCCUCAUUUAUGAAAUGGCCGCUGGCUAUCCACCUUUCUAUGCUGAUCAACCAAUCCAGAUCUACGAGAAGAUUGUUUCCGGAAAAGUAAGUCAUAAGCCUACUAACUGAACGGUGCUCUUACUCCCAUACCCCUAAACUUCUAUUUAUUCUCAGGAAAAUUUCUUUUCCGAAUUCGCGCUUGUCGACUGCGCUUCUUCAAGUUCCAUUACAUGUGUUAUUUGAGCUUCGUGGUGGCACGAUACACCCCUAGCCUGUCCGUUAGAUGUAAAAUAAAUAACAUUGAAUCAGCUCGACGACGACGAGGAGGAAUGCCUUCCGAGGGAAUUAGUCACUGACCCGCGACGGGCGCCUCUGCGAUCGUCUAGGAAAUGUGCGUUAUUGGUGAAUUCCAGUUCUUUUUGCUAUAAACGAAAGAAUUCUGACUGUAGCCACAAGCGGUUAUCUUAAACAGCAAAUCCCAUCUGUUUGUGUCUGUUGACGGAGACGGUGAGUUUAGCUGAAUCGCAUCAUCCAACCAUUUUGUCAGCACAACUUUCUUAUUAGUCUAAGACCAUGCAUGUCUACCUCUCCCUCGAGACAGCCUCAACUCUCCGUCUUCCAACAGGUGCACUUGGGCUGAACCCCAUCUGCCCAUGAGCGUAGUCUAGGCUCCUUAUUAACUACUAAUAAUCCAAUGCCCGGCUAUUCCUGGCUGUCUUCCUCCAAAUCGCCGUCUCGGUGUCCUCUGCUGAGUCGCACGAUGCGUCACGCCGCAAGGCGUAUGUGGCAUUAACUCCUUCGCGUUUAAUUUCUUCCGCUUCUUUGUCGGUACCCGCACCGUGGGUUCCGUCAGUCCCUCCAAUCAGACAUCCGUGAUACCGCUUCCACAGAGGUUUCCCAGGCUAACCCGAGCGUUAAAGAGGGAAACCAAGGUACUGGAAUCAACUCGCGGGAGUUGCAAACCUCGAGGUCUUCGUUUGCUAGGAUGGAUAGCAGUGCACAGAUGCUACAAAUUACCCAGUUGAAGGAGACCAGUAUCAACAUACUGGUGCCAUUGAGCGACUGCAGUGUUUCGAUGCUGCAACACCAGUCAGCCUCAGGCCCAGUGUCGAGUGUCACUGCAAUUGGAAUGGGUGCGUCUAGUCCUUCAAGCGACGCCUCAUCCUCAGUGGAUCAGAAGGGUCCGUUCAAGACCGUUUCCACAUUCAGGGGUUCCGCGCCCCUCGAGGGCAGACGACGCAAAUUCACAAAAAAGCUACCUAAACCCAGCAGCCCGGAUUUGGAUUUGUCGGUACUCGCACCGUGGUGGUCCCUUUACAUCUAGGGUUCCGCCAAUCCUUCCUUCCUGUCAUUGCUGUUUCUGGGUACUGGCCCCUCGCACACUCCAUCUCGGAGGCUGCUCGUAAUUUACUACUUUCUCUGCUCCUGCUGGUUCUUUUCUAACCCCCUGUUUUCGCUCCAUCCUCUUAUUUUUCUGCUCUCCGGUUUUUUUUCCCAAAAUUCCCCCUCUAUCCUUUGUCGUUCGCCUCCGAAUCGCCGUGCUGUCUGACUUGCGAUAUUUGGCAUUUCCGAAUCAAUUGGACCCAUGCCACAUGAAGCAUCAUCAUCAUCAUCCUCCAUUAGAGCUGGUCGUCAGCAGACUGUCACACUGUGUCAGUCGACACUCUAGCCAGACAGACUGCAGACCACAGAGUCACGGGUGUGCUUGAGGUCAGCCAUCUUGACGCCAUCACCAGCCACAAUUGGAUAGUGUUCCAGACAAUUUCAUUCAAAGUCGUAGGAGCAUGCUAUCAGACUGCUCCAGCCGGCCAGUGUGAAGAGUGCGGUUCGCCGAUUUCUUUAAUGAAUGCCCGUAUUGCUUCAUGCUUAAAACGCGGCCUGGGAGAAACAUUAAGAGAAUAGAGCGCAGCUGUCAUCACACUACCAGUACCUUCUGAGCACGGGAAACUGUUUCACGCUCAUACAGAAGGAUCAAGUCAAAGGAAGCCUUGCAUGCCCCAUACGUUAGUGUCUCGACUGAUUUCAGACCGAUUUUGGUAGCUUACAACAUUCUAGUGAAGGCUCUCUUCUCGCUUGUCCGUCGGUCGAUUUUCUAUUUACCUAGGCCAAGACCGAGGCGUUAUAAACGUUGUCAGCAUCAGUAAUUUACGGAUCAAGAACUGCUGUAGCAUCUUGGAUGGUCUGUCUGCACGGGCUGAAAACCUCGGCUCUCUGCGCAGCUAAGCAUAACCCUGACGCAGAUAAGAAAUCCAACAGGGAAACUAAUAUCCCCUUGGAGCAUGUCUAUAAAUCCGACGCCGCAUCUCCAUUGACACAAACAUUCGCUUGCACCGAUCAUCCGUUCAACUAGUCCUUUUCUGUGCUCGUGAAUGCUAGGCCUUGCGCGUGGCGAAAACUGGACCUCCGGACCAUCCUUCGAGUGAAACACAUCCGCUUCAUAUCAAUUGGGACAGUUUGCACUCGCUGCGACAAUAUCUCGGGGAUACCUCAGACCACUCAAGAGAGAUGACACUUUCUUCGUCGUCUGCCUCAUGUAUUGUCACUCUUAAGUCGGCACCGCCAGAUGGCGUCGAAAAGGAGGUCAACUCAAAACCUGGCUCGACACAGUUCGUCAAGACGUAGAGGUGAUCCUUGAACCUUCGGUAUUCGGUCUCUGUCGUUGGAGGUGGAAGUUGGUGGAGCUGUCCAGAUCCGCUUCGGCGGAUUCUCGCGCGUGGAGAGGCGCAAUCCAUGACAUCGGCGGGACAGGCUGUAUAGAGCAUGAUCACAGUUGUACCCUCCCACUCUGAGUCAGAAGGCUUCACGCUCGAGCCUAUAUAGUAGUGCUUAAGGCCAUCCCCUGAUUUCUCCCUGCGUAACGGUUCUCCGUAGGUGCUUUAUUUUUCUAUUUUACUCCAUCAGUAGGUCUUCCAAGCAAACUCUGAACUGCAAAUGCAGUUCUUCUCGAAAGCUGUAAUGUCGAUAAACAUGGCGAUACAGGUCUAACAGAGGCAAUAUCACCGUAACUUGGCUGUUUUUGAUCCUUGAUAAAAAUAGGCCAAGGCAUUGGUUCAUUCUCAAACUCCGGAAAAGUCUUAUGAUAUCAGCGUCACCUGAUGUCAGUCAGCUUUGCUUCAUCAAUCGUCCUGAUCAUGUGAAAUGAACUGUGUUCUAACGACACGACUCUCCGGGGAAGGCUGGUACAUCUUACACUAGAAGUCAACCGUAUCGUUCCAGCAUUCACCAGGACUUCUUGGUGACUUCUGUAGUGGCCUGGUGACUUAUUUGGACUCCAGCGGUUGCUGGUUGUUUUCGACUAAAGGUGCCUCAGUGACGACCGUCUUCAGUUUUAUUGGCAGGACCCGCAUCGUAUUAUGGUCGCAGGUUGUGCCUAUUGCGCAUCCCAUUGUCUGACUCGUAGUCAAACCCUGAAAAAAAACCGAGCGUAGCAAUUUUCGUUUUCAGCGUCGGGACGUCGUAUUGUGUAGGUAUCUGACACUCAUCGAAUCCUGCGUUGUUUGAGUGAAACUGUCGUUUGGGUACUAGGUGACUGGGCGAAGGCAACUGUCAGCAGUCCAAGUUGUUCACCUGAGGAAAUGGGCGCUCUCGAGAAUCUCCAAUUGACGUUGAUGCCAGAUGGACAGAGGGAUGACGAGAACAUCUCCUAAAGCAGUUUUCCUCACAGGGUUUUCGCAAUCUCUUUAUAAAUUUCUGUGCACCCGAUGCGAUAUCUCUAUCGUCACAAAUAUCGGCAUGUGUCGGAUGUUUCGUACGGUUACUAGUCCCGUGCUACUAGGCAGACGGGCGAAAACUGGAGGCCUUCAACCACCACUGACUGACAAUUCUCCAGCGAGUAAAGUACACAGACUCCGUCUUUGCACUCUUCGUGAAAAUAUUCUUGGUCAUCCCAAAAAGAUGACUCGGAUAGUUCAGGGGUUUUGAAAAAGGAGACACGAUCGCUGGGACAAGAGCUUUAUUAGCCUGACGUUUCGGAUUCCUGCUCGAACCCAUCAUCAGAAACGACAGCAAAUACGGGUGAUUCAUGCACAAGGGACUGCAGUAUUUAUAGGAUGCAGUCGCCAUGCUACCGCAUACCUAUGAACAUUCACGGCUCUCCCCUUCAUCCGGGAUCGUCUCACUUGGUGUGCUAAUUGUCUGAUGGCCGACAUUCGCGUCGUUAAUUGCUGCAAUUUUAUCACGUGCGUUCGUUGUUGGUGUGAUGAUUGCUCGACCAUCUGACGCACUGACCCUUGUUUGCUGGGAAAAGUGUUCACCUGUGCACUCCCCGCGUGACUAAUUACUCCGCCUAGGCGAAGUAUCAGCACCGAAUAUGGAAGGGAAAGUCCAUUGCACUUGUUAAUAGACUGAGGGCCAGUUAACCAUGAUUCAAGUAGCUCCCGGCUCACGCGGUUGUCACCUCUUGUGAGAAUUUCGGAAUCUUCGAACUUGAAUGUGUGGUCGGAUCUCGUCGAAUGAGCUGCAACUUGAGAGCUGGCGUCAUUCCUCCGCACCGCUGCAGCACGUUCGGACAUUCUCGUCCGGAGCUGUCUUCCGGUUUCUCCGACGUAGUUGCUUUGUCCGCAACUGCGCUAGAUCCGACAAACGACUCCAGACGUUUCUUGCCGUGGCAGCGGGUCUUUCGGUUUCAUCCCCCGACUCCUGAUGGUUGCCUCCGGUCUGUGUGCAACUCGAACCCCAAGUGGUGCGAGAAUGCGAUCGAUAGCUUCCGAAGCGGGGGUUGUUCUUUGUCAUCCGCCCUUGGCCCGAUGUCGCUGCUCGUCUGGACGUGUCGUUGAGGAGGAAGUCACCUCAAAACUUGGCUACGCAAUUCGUAAAGUCGUAGAGAUGGCUUCUGGACCUUUGAUAUUCGUCACCAGAAGAGAGAGGAUGGAUCAAAUUCUCCGGAUUCGCUGCAGUGGGCUGUCGCUCCGAGGCCAUUUACGCCAGACACGAUUACCGACGUGGAAACGGUAGGGUGAAGAACCCCAAGCAUCUUCAACCAGCAAUACGAUGGUUUCUCAACUCUCUGAGAUAAAGUUAUCGAAAUCAAUGGUAAACUGAGUCGUAACGUCUGCGACAGACGAUCGAAGCAAUACGAUUGCUUCUCAAAUCCCUGAGCUUAGGACAUGGUAGGUAAUGGUAAGGUGAGAAGUAACGUCUAUGAUGGAGGACGAAAGUAGUACGAUCGCUUCUCAACACUGAGCUACAAGGUAGCUCAACGGUUACGAACAAAUAAAUGCAGAAGGGCGAAGUCGAGCACAAACUCGGUGUGCAGAGCAGUAGUAAACAACCCACAACCUAAUAAAGCAGGUAAAAUAGACAGCUAGUUGUAUGCAGGGUGCUUGGGGUCCUUCUCCCCACCCUUAACACCGACGUAACAAGUACAAGGAAAUCUUGAGUAGUUUGAAUAACUUAUUCACCGGAAGUUAGUGGUCACCUUGCAACGGUGAUUUUAGUCGACUUUAAAGAAUUUUAAAGAGUAGUUUGUUUGCAAGACCUCAACUUUCCGCAUCCUGUUGCUGGACCGCGACUGUCUAUGAGUCAGCCGCAAGUCGCUUUAGCAGUUAAUCAUCGCUGAAAACUGCUCAAAGACCGGCGGAGGGAUUAUGCACCAUCUGAUCCCAGUUCAUGCGUUCUCAGCACGCGCUUUCUUAUUAUCUAUAUUCCCCAUUCUUACCGCCAUAUUCCGGUUAACACUUCUCUCACUUCUGUUGUGAGUUUCAUGUCACAUCACUCCUCCGUCUCCACCCCUCCCCUCUCCUCCCCCUCCUCCCUCCCGAUCUGCCUUUCUGCGGCAUUUCCGUCCCAUUGUCUCCGUUCCUUUCGUUAACCACCUGUUUCCUUUCACGUUCUUGCUACUAUUUCCCCUUUCUUCGUACUUUUCCCCCCUCCCAUCUUCGUUUGUCCUUCAUCUUCACUUUGUUUGCGCGCCUAGCCGUACAGAUGCCCUAUCAUGGCAUCCCAGAAUGACGUUUGUGGCUAAAUGGCUUUUACACUGCACACGCUCACGCUUUCCGCUCUUUCUUAUGUAUCAUUCCAUUCACAAAUGAACUCCUUUGUACGUAGGGAAUGGUCAGGUCUUUGUUUCCUCCUUCACUGUGAACCGAAUGUACAACUCAACUGAGAUUUUUUGGGCCCGCUGAGCGUAUCACAGCAAUGUAAGAAGUCUCCGGCCUCAUAAAUACUAACUAAACAAGAUGAUUUGCCGAAUUCAAUCGAAAGCUGGAAUAAUCUUCAAAACGACCGACUUGUCCUGAAACUCACUGACGUAGCUACUUAGCGCCCAGGCCAAUUCUUUCUUAACGUGGCACACCUAUAUGCGGAUUCGUAAAGUGGGCGUUCGACGUCACAUGUUCCUGACCAUAAGAUCACCAAUGACAGUCGCCUCCACGAUUCGAUUCCCUGAAGUCAUAAAAGACCUAAAUUUGAUGUCAGGUGACGUACUGACGACUGGUUUUGGAAGCUGUAGGCGAAAUUAAACGAGAGAUACAACCCACUGAAGUUUCCGCGUCUCAUCAACCUUAUUCACCUUCGGCGAGCUGGUGUAUUAAUGAUCAUAAAACUCUCCACUUGCCGGCUGAAUGAUGCAAGUUGUCCUUCGAUAGAUGGGGCACUUCGUGUUUGCCAUGUAUCAAUACAAACGCCAGGCUAGCUAUGCUGCCUACGCGCAGGCCAUCUCAGUAUGUGAUACACUGGAAUGGGCACGUUUUCUUCGUAAGCACGGAACUUUCCAUUGAUUUGACUUGGUAGUCCGACAAUGUCCGCCUUGUGCUCCACAGCAAGGUGAGGCAGGCACGCCGACGUGCACGGGGAUUAGUUUGUGAUGAGAAUGGACCUGCACAGCAUCUACCGCACUAUCGCCUCCCCCGCAUGAGCUCGGUAUCAAGGCAGAGUCAAGAAGACCAGAGUCGGGGAGGGCGCAGGUGGAUGGCACCGUCGAACUCCCACCUUGGCGCACCCCCUGGUCCACAACAAAGACUUGACCAGGAUUUUGACUAACAACAACAAUAGAAAAGACUGCGCAGCCAUGCACACGACCUGUAUACCCAUCAGGGGGGCAAACGCAUCUACCACCAGAGAACCAGGCACCGGAGAACUUCCAGCCCACACCAGGCUGCGAGAGCCAUGGUCUGCUGAAGCGUGGCAUAGCAGACGCUCGCAAACCUUAGCAUGACUUAUUCAGCCAAGGCCCAAAUCUGACAGGCAAUUAAUUUUAAUCCUGGCCUUUAACUUUGUCCAGGCUAAUAUGGCAUGAAUAUCGGCUUCUACUCCACUGGCUGUCUUUGAUCGAAAAAGCCCCAUAACACGUAGUCAACGAAUGUUUUUUGGGAUUUUCCUCACCCUUAGGUCGGACCUUUCGCCGCUCCCCCCGCCCCCUCCACCCCACCUUAAUCCUUUUGGUUGCGACGACUGAUCGGACCGCCAGACGUCAUGUUUACUGAAAGUCAAACUUAUUGAUCUGUCUCGUCUGAACCCGAACCGUUUUGCACUUGUUAGUAUUGCUGAAAAACAAAUGGGACCUUACCUACGUGACCUCAGCUCUGGCCGCCAGUCGGGAGCGUCAUUGACCAAUAUGUCCUGGGCGUACAGCGGGAUGCAGGCGUCUCAUUUCGCCCCCUAUCAUUAAUCAAAAUCUUGUUUGUUGGGACGAUGCUGGGAGUCGAAAUAUACCGACAUACUGAUGCAGAUUGUUUUCACAAAUAUGAGAAUUUGCCUAAAGUGGUAUUCUGAAAACUGUUUCACCUGAUGGAGUAAAAUUAUAAUUUUUCCAAGAUUUCGAAGGGUUGGCAAUUAAGUUUUCCGAUCCCUUACUUUAAGUCUGUGACAUACAUAUGUAUAACUUGGUAGAGGGGCGCACACCAAUCGUCCUUACGGAACUCACUCGUUCCGUUGUGCCUUAAACAGUCUCUCUCGAGUCCAACCAGCGGCCGCACAGCGGCGCAAGAUAUAGACAGAAUGUUAUUACCGACGAAGAUAAGGGAGACUGACAUGGCCAUUUCUGGCUUAUUAGCCGUCGUCAGCCAGCCGUACUCAACCCCGAGGUCGGAACACCCGAGGCUCGAACUCGCGACCUGUUAGUUAGAAGUCCAACACCUCUAACCACUGGGCCACGGGCUCGUUGUUCUGUCGCUAAUAACACUCUGCCUAUAUCAUGCGCCGCUGUGCGGCUGCUGGUUGGCCUAGAGAGAGCGUCCGUAAGGCAUAACGGAGCGCUCCAUUGGCUAAAGGUAAUUCGGUGUCUUCUCAUUAAUUUUACUUCUGCACUCCGCGAUUACCUAAGAGGGGUGAGGUGUAGUAACUUGAUCCGUUUAUGGAGGAUGAAGUAGGAUAGAAUUUACCUAGAGCGCUGUAGCGUAAUUCAUGCCUCGUAGUUGGCAGUUCGUUUUAUGUAAGUGGCGUAAACGGUGGGGUCAGGGUUAGUGGAGAGAGAUAAAUAAUCCGAAGGCCACUAGCUGAAUUGGAGAACUAUGUAGAUGUAGGACUAGAUCAAUCGCUGAGUUUAGUUGAGGGUCUUUAGUACUCAGGGGACGGGAUCCUUAGUCAAUUCCCUGCGUGCCAAUUCGCAGUCCGACAGAUUAUCCACAAGGCUUCGAUAGCGUCCACUUCAUAUACAACGCAUAGCAGAGUUUCCAAAUAGAUACUGCUGUGGCCUGUUCAUAGCUUUUUUCCUAUCCAAUCUGCAGUCUAUUAUUUAAUAGGCCUACGAAACUCUGCUGCUACAAUGCAAUAGGCAACUGCACAAACACCAUGUCACAUGACCUAGAGUAAAUGUCCGUCCCAAGAGGAAAGAACUGAGAGCCUUUUAGAAGUCAUUACGUUGGGAGACCGGAUGUGUCCAACCAAACCGGGCAAAGCGACUCGGAAUACACCCUGCCUAGACUGCUGUUGGUUAAACAAUAUUUGCACUUUGACUGUAGAUGUUUUUGUCUUUAGUUUGCGCCCAACUGUGCCGAGGAAAUUUUCCGUUUUGGUUGAUUUGUUGUCGAGGAUCGAGCAGUCACUUGUAGUGUGAGAGUAGGGGACUUUUCAAGACACUCGUUUGUCAGAGGCUUUCUCUGGUAGGCUUAGGACAGUAGUCACAUGCUGUCUUCAAUACAUGUCUUGCUUAAGAAGAGAAACAUGUAGACACACCUGGGAGAUCUGUAUUCUGUGCAGAAGGGCUGAUGCGUAGUCGUAGCAGGCAGCACGUGUUUUAGUUCUGCCCCAAUAUCGGAGUUAACUAUUCGGAAUAAAUGACUGUGAUUGGUCGCACGUCAUACAGAGACUCAUGAUAUCAGCCAUUGACCGGACAUAGUUAAAACAUACAGGUCCUCCCGCACUUCUAUGCAUUCGCCAAGUAGAAACGCAUGUGAUGACCACUACAGAGUCGUCGCCACAUCCGGCUUCAAAUGUAUUCUGAAGAAUUAUUAGACACAGAUAGGUCUCCCCAACAUGGACACACACACACAUGCUCCAGCGCCUUGAACGAGAUAGGUGACAAUCGCUGCAUCUGUGUAUGCUAGGUCUCGUUACUUCGUCUUUCGCAGCGUGAUCCUGCCUUGAGAAAAAAUGUUCGCUAAGUGUUCAGCUGUUUGGAAAUCGAAAGAUUUGCGUAACCAACUGUUGGGUGCGUUUACAGCUGACCGCUGUGAAGCGCUUACCGCUCAUCGGUCGCAGUUUUCCUUCCAGAGUACAUAAUUGUGUAAAAGAAGACGAAGGCACGAUCACUGGGACGGUAAAUUUAUUGGCCUUAGCUUCCGAACUCGAACUGGAGUUCAUCCUCAGAGACUGCUAGAGUGCAGCAACAUGUGAACAUUUAUAUAAUUGUUCCGUGCAGGGGGGAGGACUACGUCCGUGGCUAGGUCUGGUAUGUGCCGCCUAGUCCACGAAAGCCGUCCCAGUGAUCGUGCCUUCGUCUUCUUUUAAACAAGAACCUGGGAUGCGCAAAUCCUCUUCCAUUCGUGACAUAAUUGUGUCCUUUAUUCUCCAUCUUCUUUCAUUUUAGGUACGCUUUCCUUCGCACUUCAGUUCCGAUCUCAAGGACCUAUUGCGAAAUCUGCUUCAAGUUGACUUGACGAAACGUUAUGGCAAUUUAAAGAACGGUGUCAGUGAUAUCAAGAAUCACAAGUGGUUCGCCCCGACAGACUGGUUUUCCAUCUACAAACGAGAGGUAACGCCCGUCAGCUUCAGAGUGUUAUGAGUUUUAUGCACUUUUAAGUAUUUUUCCGUCCUGUCUUUAUCUCAACCAUUCGACUUUAUUGCCCGUAGGAUCAUGCCUGCUGGCUGUCACUUAGGGUUAUCGGUGGUUUAUUACCAGAAACUUACAAAAGCCAAGAUAAUUUUUAGUGUUUCAUGUAUCAGACGCCAGACCAUUUGGACUGCUGACGGAGGCUCACCUGAGUGCACUGCCUUCAUUCGAGAUGUAUGCCCGACUAAUCAAACGUUGAGACAGGAAUGCAGUAUUUGCCACCCUUGUUUUAACUUCUGCAUCCGGAUUUAGUUCCGUUCUUAUCCUGUUCAGUCGGCUGUCCGUAUGCCUAUGAAUUUCAUCAUCAGAUUCUAUCUAUCACCCGACCCCCUCUCUUCAAGCGGAUAUAUAUCUGCGUCUGUGCGCAUGUUUGUGUUCCUGGUCUCAGCUCCUGGUCGGGGUUGUGAUUGGCUGAAUGAAGGCAAAAUAAGUCCGAAACAGUACUGUAUCCAUCUACCUGCAUGCUCUGUCGUCCCUCCUUGGUGCUAUUACGACUUGGCCGACUUCGAUCUGGUACCUGGUUGCCUUUUCGUGACCUUUCCCACCCAUACGGAGCUUGGUUGCUUCGGGAAGCCAAUAGAUCGGUGUACGACCAUUCCUGAUUGAAUAUAUAUACAUAUAUAUAAUGAUAGGGGGCGCUCACCGAUCGUUCUUACGGAACUCACUCGUUCUGUUGUGCCUUAUAGACUAUAUCUCGAGUCCAACCAGCAGCCGCACAGCGGCGCAUGAUAUAUAGGCAGAAUUAUAUUACCGACAAAGACAAGGGAGACUGGAAUGACCAUUUCUGGCUUAUUAGCCGUCGUCAGCCAGUCAUAGCCAACCCCGAAGUGUGGAACAUCCGAGGCUCGAACUCGAGACCUGUUUGUUAGAAGUCCACGCGUCUAACCACUGAGCCACGAGCCCGUUGUCCUGUCGGUUUUCGAUCGAGAAUAUACAAUGGUAGGGGGCGCUCACCGAUCGUUCUUACGGAACUCACUCGUUCCGUAGAGAGAGAGAGAGAGUCCCAACCACUUGCGUUUCAGUAGCGAGGCAAUGAACCGCAACUUCAGAAAAGAAUUAGUGGAAUGACUGUAUGAAAACUUCUCUUUCUUUCAUGCCCCAUGAUCGGACUGUUUGGCACCACAACGUGGCUUCAGCUGCGUGCAGGCGUCUAGAACCAAACACUGACCUGAGAAGUCUACUGGGCUGUAAUCUAGCCGUGUCCGUUUAUUCGGCUAAGGGUAAUUUGGACGACCUAAAGGAGGAAGACGCAGAUGGAAUGUAAAUGGACCGGCCACUGGGUGCCAAAGCUUCCUGUCUGGGUCAAAUUCAGAUCAGCACUGGUUAUGCGACCAGCCGAACCUGGUCAUAACGCACGGUAGAUCCUAACUGCGUAGGCGGGCCAAUAAGACUGACUUACGCAAUCACGCUGUCCCUAGGAGGACGUAGACGCGCGUCGCGCUUGGCGUCUAGAGAAUCCGGCAUUUCGGGUUAUUUUUCCUGUUCCUCCUCCUAACAACCCUCCCAGUUCGGAAGAUACACACUCCAGUCAUCCAUAACUACCGGGGGAUUUGUGUACGUUAAUUGCCAGCAGUCCAGAGAAGCAAUGUGUAAAUAAGCAAAUAGCGAACCGAAGUCCCGCGGCUUGCUGCGAAUAACCGCCAGACAUGUUUGGCCUUUUGCCAAGUGCCCAUGUCACGAUUAUGCAGCGCACUAAAUAAAUGCCUACCGCGUGUCAGUUUAAAGUCGAAACUGGGCACACGUUAAGAUUUCCGGUCUUGGUGGACUUCCGGUCAGCGUAGCGUUCCCUCUUCUUUCUCCUCUUCCUCCUCCUCCUCCUCCUCCUCCUCCUCCCUAGACCCUGUGGUAAAUUCUCAGAAUGGGUAACGAAAAAGUUGCAGGGUCGCUUGGCAACCGUCUGCGAAGGCUCUAGAACGGAACCAUGGGAGACAGCGGAAAGUCAGUAUUUCAUCGUGCAGCAACGUCCGAUCAACGAACGUCAUUUAAACCUAGCUCGCAAUACUCAUGACUGCGGUUAGCGAUGCGUGGAUCUGCGACUCAAUGACGGGCUGUUGACUCAAGGAAGAACAUUCUUCAGGCCAAAGCUUUGGCUCUGGUCGACUGACAACGACAGAAUACCCAGAAAUGUCCAUUCCCGUCUAAUCUGUGUUGUCUUUACUGCCGCGUUACUGUUAGGUAAACGCCAAAAGUGCUGCAGAGUAGUAUUCAUUACGGUGGGGCAGUGAAAUUCAAAAAACAACCAAUUACAAGCCAUGUAGGGGGGAUUCAGGGGUGUCCAGGCAUGCCGAACAGGGAAUUUGAAGAAUGAAAAUAUAAUUCCUGGAUCUGGUGGCAGGGAAGGAGGCGUCAUUUGGGCGUGUCGCUGUAACCCGACGAGGUUGGAUGCGGAUAGGAAUCUGAGUAAUUCAACUUAAUUUGAACAACAGCCCUAUUCCAGCACAAGACCGAGUUGGAUUGCCGUAUGACCAUCUCUGUCGUCACAUGUAUCCGCCGGUGUAGGAAUUUGGAAUGUCUAACUGGAGCCUUCUAGAUUACGCGAAAGGCUUGCUUGAUGUCAACUGGGUGGCCGCUGUCAACCAGGUGAGCCACGACUGCACUGGAGAGGUAAUUUAUAGUGCCUUCCUUGGGCGUUGGUAGGUGUGGAGUUGGCAGAAUGUUAUUACCGACAAAGACAAAGGAGACUAGAAUAUCCAUUUCCGGCUUAGCUGAGGAUUGAUUCCACUGCUGCGAUCAUGUCACUGAAUGCCACACCUGCCAACAUUUCCGGCUUAUUAUCCCUCGUCAGCCAAUCUCACCCAAACCCGCGGUGUGGGACACCUGGGGCUCGAACUCGCCACCUGUUAGUCCAACGCCUCUAACCACUGAGCCCCGGAUGUUCCACACCUCGGAGUUGCGUAUGACUGACUGACGACGGCUAAUAGGCCAGUCCCCCUUGUCUUUGUCGGUAAUACCAUUCUGCCUAUAUAUCAUGCGCCGCUGUGCGACUGCAUGUUGGGCUCGAGAGAGAGCCAAUAAGGCACAACGGAACGAGUGCGUUCCGUAAGAACGAUCGGUGAGCGCCCCUUCACCAGUUGUGGAGUUUUCGAUUUUAGACCCUCUUUAUUCUUCACUCGAACCUUCCUGAACUUUGGACAAGCCAUGUAUGGAUUCCUUCCAUGAAGACUUUCUCCUGGAUGAAUAAGUUUGUCGGGCGUUUGAAGAAUUCCACUAAACGCAUUUGACUGUUUAGUGCAAUUCUGGCUUGUAACAGCUACCCUAUCCUGCCCUUGCAUUAGGGGCGUUGACCUCGUAAGGGCGAAGGCGUUAGUACUCGUUUACAGCAUACCAGACUCAAAAGACUCCAAUGCAAAACUGCCUCCAAGUUUUACCCUUAUCAGGCGCUUGCGCGAUCCCAUGAAGACGAAUUCUAAAUUCACUGGAAAUCUCAUUCGGUUUAGAGCGAGUUGAGGUUUUUCUCGCGUCCUCCCGAAAAUUAUGCUGGGUUACCGCAUAGGAAUCAAGAUAAAAAAUGACCACAACUCCAACAGUCAAAGACCUACACAUCCAACCAGUGCACUUUGGGAUGAAAACACCACCGUGUGCGAACCAUGUCUUUUUUUAUUUCAAAAGGAUACUAUAGCAAACUUGCAAUCACGUGUUGAAGCGGAGCAAGAGGUCAUCCCUGGAGUUGCUUCUGUAAUACGGCGCCCACACUUAGAGCGUUCGUGAAAUCUCUCAUACCGUAAUUUGGAGGCUGCGGAAAAUUUUGAAAAGCCGUUAGCACGCACCGGUGCUUAGAUUUCAGGCUCAUUUGGGGGGAUCUGGGGCCGAAUAGAAAUGAUGAACUUUGCGCUAAAAUGAAACCUGCGCGUUGGAUAUCUGAUAGCCUGAUGCCUAACUCUUUUGACGCCUGCCUGUGAAGGAAAAGAGAGAAUCCAACUUCUGCCAACCCCCACCCCCGCCCAGUCCAAUUUUGUAUCAUUUUGCGUGCUGUUUGAGGUAACACAGAAAUUCAAGGGGAGGUUUUGUUGUCUGAUCAGCAUUGUUUGGAUUUCACAUGAGGUAUGUUUAAAUUUCGAGGUGAAUCACUGUUGAUCACUCCAAAGUAUUGCGGCCUCCUUAAAUGUCCCAUAUAACCCAUAGUUGAAACAGCAAUCCAGGAUUCUCGAAAAUGAAAACGUUCAUGUGGCUGUUUACCAUUAUGAACCUUUCGACGCUUUAGGAACCAUUUGGUUCUUGUUUGCCUCAGCUCAAAGACUACAAUUACGCUGAAACAGAUUACUGGUGUAAAUUCCCUGUACACUCACGAGGAAGUCAUAUCGCGAACACCGCUCGCUGCACUCCAAUCUCCCACCCCUACAAAACUGCUCAUUUGGCGCUGCAUUCUCACAGUCUCUGACGAUGGCCUCCUGUACGAGACGGAAAUCUCAGACGGAUGCACUUACUGUCCCAGUAAUCGCGCGUUCAUCUUCCAUUCAUUUUUGUUUAUCCGAAUUGUGUCUGUUCUAACCGCUCUCGGUGAGCGCGGGGCUCCAAGUCGGCGAUGAAAUGGCGCUUAAAAGAUGAUUCAAGAAGCAGCCCAUGGCUACUCCUCGUCCCACCUCCUACUUUUCUGACCUAGAUGCCUCACUCGAGUCAUCUACUUGACCUAAAAGCGAUUUUGAGGGUCUAAGAGAUGUCGUAAACAAGCCCUGUGUGUUCGGACGCUAACCUCAUCGGCGCAUUAGCGCUUUUGACGAGGUCAGGCAUUCCUAACGUGUUAAUCAAGGUCGACAGUGGGGCUGUUUCUUUUGGACGACAAUCUAUCCUGUUUUCUCACCUUGACCUCGCCUACCUCUCCCUCUCGCCCUCUUUUUGGCCUCGCAUACGAUGAGAAGGUUUUUCAGGUGAAAAUCCCAACUCAGAAUCACUGCGCCCGCGCUAGCUAAUGCCGCCAUCAUUUAAUCCUCUGGCCGAUCUAUUGUACUCCACCACUUACAUCAGCUCACCGGUUCGACACGAGGUUGCCAACUGGUAAUUAUGAAAUUGUAGUGAAAAUGCGAUUCCCAGGUGGCACAUCAAAAGAAAAGGAGGCGGUCACCGGGAGAGGUGUAUUUGAGGUCUGACGUUUCGGAGAAAAGCUGUGUGCAUGACUUCUCAGUCUCUGAAAAUGGGUAGAAGAAACGACUACCCGAAACGUCAGACCCUUAGAUACACCUCUCCCGGUGAACGCCUCCUUUUCUUAAUUAUGAAGUUGCUAACACACCCUCGUCAACCAUUUGAUCCGAGGCUAGGUCGAGCAGUCGUUAGCAAAUAAUUACCAGUCUCUGUGAGAUUCCCUCACGGAGAUUUUGGUCUCUGUUCGGCCCUGCCCUGGCGGAGCAGUUUGACGGCCACUUUCGCAAACACGUUUUCCGCGCUUAGUGGACGAAAACAAUGUCUUCUUCAACCCCUUUCGUUUUCAUGGAAGGCAGUAGUCGGGUGUUGUCGAUUCAUUUUGUGAACAGACCGCUUUCAGAACCAGACAACAGCCACCAGCACUGUACUGCUGCGGCCCACUGCCAGCAUGCAUGACCAAAUGACCCGGGUUGUCCUGUGACGCCUAAAACAGGGUUGGAGGGGGUGGGGAGGUGGGGUGGGAGGGUAAGGGCCAGAGGCGAGUUCGCGCGUGAAACGACUGACGCUUCGCGUGGCACUGUAUCCAAUAGUCGGUUCGGGUUUUGUACCCCCCCCCUCUAACCGCCCCACGACUUUGGAUGACUGGCGCCUCAAGGACCUUGUUGCAAAAGUUGCUUCGUGUAAACAGCUACCAGCUUCCAGAUUGGCGAAAGUUAGUACUGGGCACACAUAGUGGUUGCUAUUUUGGCCGUCAUUCCGCCUGCAUUCUUCAGUGGUUUUACAACGGCAGCACCGCUUCAUAGUCACGUUUAAACUUGGAAUCCCGUCAGUUAGCGCAGGAGUACUCUUGUUCGGAAUGCCACCCUGCCUGCGAAUGUUUACGUGGGUAAUUUUACUGAGCUAAGCAGUUUUUUUAACAGGAGGCAGCCGAGCAAGCGAGCCCUGUUUGUAAUGCAUGAUUCGGUCAAUACGGUUGCCCAAACAAUUAAAUUCGCCCAAAAUACAGUGAAAUUCGCUCGGAGGAUUAAUGGUCAUCGUCGAGAGUGGGAAGAGAGGAGGAUGGUGGGAUUACAGGUAGACGUGUCAGCGAUGGGGGGCAGUGGACAGUGCAGAACGUGAACCGUCGGAGACACUUCUGCUCGCAGAGGGCGGAGCUCACAAGUCGUACUGUCAUUGCUUCUACCGUCAUCAAGAUAACUUUUCGAAGUCUGUCAGGUUUUUACGGACUCAUGGACGGGUUUCGCCCAAAUUAACCGCCUGCUGGUUGGAUGCCAGGAAGUAGCUACAUCUCCUUCAGCUUUUGUUGAGCUUUUAAGGACUCAUGGCCAGACACCGAACCGGGUUUCCGCUUUGGGUUUGGGCACGAAGUCUUGAGUGUUAAUAAACUAUUCUGUCCUUGCUUCCUUCUGAAACCUGCCUCACCCAAAUUAACCGCCUGCUGGUUGAAUGUCAGGAAGUAGCUACAGCUCCUUCAACUAAUUUUUCCUAUUCACUUUUAUUUAAGUACUCAUUUCGUGUUUAUGUACUUGGGUCACUUUAAAAUCUACACACCAAGCUACCUAAUGGUUUCCUCAGCACAUUUAAUAAUCCAAGUUGUCUUCCAAAGCUUGCUCUCCGUCCCAGCUUAACAAUAGAUUGAAUUACUCGAUAAGUCCUAGAAAAAGUGGCUUAAACUUGCUUCUGUGAACUGUCACUGGAAAAAAAUUUGGUCGGGAAACCAUCUCAGCAGUUAUUUUAUAUCAUCUGACCCAAUUGGGAAAAACUCGUCGGCCUCGUUGGGAUAUACGCCUACGACCGCAAGGGCAGGGCUUGAGUGCAGUCAACGCUCUAACCACCUGAGCUACGAGGCACUACGGGGAACCGUGAGUUUAAUCAUAUUUUGGGCCAAUGGUGGAGGGACGCUCACCGAUGGUUUUUUGGCAGAACUCACUCGCCUCGUUGUGCCUUAUGGACUCUCUCUCGAGCCCAACCAGCAGCCGCACAGCGGCGCAUAAUAUCGACAGAAUGUCAUUUCCGACAAAGACAAGGGAGACUGGAAACACUUGGGACUCUAUCCGGCAACUUGUUGGUUAGAAGUCCAACGCCUCUAACCACUGAGCCAGUGGGCUCGUUGUCCUGUCAGUUGCGGUCGGGGAUGUAUAAUGAUAGAGGGGCGCUCACCGAUCGUUUUUUGGGUCAAGCUACCCGGCCAACCUACUUCAAUCUAUAGAAUCCACCGAUUCCGAUUCAGUAAACUGACUACCCAAGUGGGAUUCCGUAUGCAAUCAUAGCUCAGGUGGUUAGAGUGUUUUGGACUCGAAUCCUCCUGAGGCCGCCGAGUUUUUAACAGUUGGGUUAAAUGGUUUAUUCAUAUCUGCCAAAAAUAUCAAUUAAGAUGUUUUAAGGUUUGAGUGGAUCGUCCGGAUCGAAUUAUAUGAGUUUCUAUGGCUGUGGGAUCAGCGCAUUUUCAAUUUUUUGACGUUUUCGUACUCACGUUGGAAUUGGACAGGUCCUAUCCGAACAUUGACCUCAAACAAUUGGGUCAGCUUUCUAGAAACUGCAUUCUUCGAAGAAUUGAACAUUGUUGGGUUUCUUUUUCUCCUGCACCACGAAUAGUGAGUUUCUCUUAAUAUUAAGCUGAGCCUGCGUAUUAGAAGAUCGCCUUCUUGACCUCAGUUAGUUCAGUACUUUUCCAUUGUCCACAGUUGUCUGUGCUUCGGCUCUGCAUGCGGCCCACUGUGGAAUGCCUCGGAUGAACAAGUAAUGCUAGCACCGUAUAUCUGCGACAUUUGACCUAGUAAAUCUGGUACUUACUUGCUGCUGGAACGGAAAAUCCAGUAAUCCGUCUCUGUGGUCGGUAAGAUCACAGUUGGUAGCCAGACAUUAUACGUUGAUACUGUCGGCGUACGUACUUGUUAUCAGUAGGUGUGCUUACCUUGUCUAGGGAACUUGUUGUCAGUAGGUGUGCUCUUACUGAGUUAUGCAGGUCGCCCGUUUCAGUCAGGCUGUUGGUUUUAGUGAGGGUUAGGGUUAGGCGUAGGUUAAGUUUUAGGAUUAGGGUUUGCGUUUUAGGUUCAGGUUUCAUAGUUAGGUUUAGGGUUUAGGUUCUCGUUAGGGUUACGGUUGAGGUUAAGGUUGGGGUGUGGUUAAGGUAAGGGUCAGGGUUAAGGUUAAGGUUAGGAUUAGGCUUAAGGUUAUGGUUAGGGUUAAGGUUACGGUUAGGGUUAAGGUUAUGGUUAGGGUCAAUAUUAGGGUUAGGGUUAUGUCUAUGUUUUGGGUUAGCGUUGGCUUUUAGGAUUUUGGUUACGUUUCGGCUUUAAGGCUGAGGGUUAGGCUUUACGGUUGCGGUCAGGGUUGGAUUUUAGGGUUAAGCGUAGGGUUUAAAUUUCUACCAUUAUUCCACCUACUUAAAACUUCCCAGCACUUUCCCUGUUAACUAUACUUUUACCCUGAAACUCCAGCAUUCAUCUACCAGCCCUCUCAUUUACCCCACCCAUAUAACCCCCUUUCCCACCAUUUCCGUACGACAGGGACCUGGCUGUUCGCCUCCCCAUUCCUGGCUACCAAAUGCGAUCUAACCCUGCGGUCUUUUGAUCAUCAUAAUACGGCGAUCAGGUCCGGCCGCAUAUUGGGAACAGAGGGGUAUCCGAAACCACAUGCGGAUAUUGACUGUUUGGAGUCAUUGAUCUGACCAGCCUCGACCGCUAACGAGCGAAUCUGUUUCAGAUUAAAAGAAGGAAACUUGGUCUGUCUCCGAGGGAAGUAGGUUAGCGAGAAGUUAAAAAUCCCUUGUAAUCGUUCGACCGUCCUACUCGACGCGACCCACCACUGUCUAAUCAGUUGGGUGCGAACGUGACUUGCACGUAGCGGAACAGACUUGCGGUGCAUUCACCUCCUUUUCCCCCACGCCCACCGUUUCUGGAUGAGGUUCAUGCGAACGGGGGGUGGGCGUGGACGUGGUGGCUAGCUGAGCUAAACAGCCUAUCUACGCGUGCCGCACACGGCCUGGCCCUAAAUCCAAAAGUCCCAGGCCUCAUCCAGGAGGGUGCCUCGUGUCUUAUGCACGUGAGAGUGUCGCAAGAGGCAUACGCAAAAUAAACCACUGCAUUGCAACACACAGCAACGAUUUUUUUCGAUAGUUUGCAACUUCCAAAACUCGUCUGAUCCGAGUUACCUCGACCCUACUCGCAGUUCCCGCCCCUGUCCCUGUCAGAGUCAUUCGGCCGACUGCUGAGGACGAUACUAAUAGGCACGGCAAAAGGCGUUACGUCUGCCAUAAUCUGUUUGUGUCGCACGCGCGGUCCUCUUCCUCUCUACUUGACCAGAUUUCACCAAAAAGCACAGUUUUCGCAUAGACGAAGUGUGCACAUUCUCACACACGCGCACACGACGUUUUGUCUGCCGUAAAGACGCUAAAGGCGCUGCAUCGCAUAGUAGUUUCAUGAUCGACGUACAAUUUUUUUUACGAUAGCGCUUGUGUAUGGUUGUGUGACCGAAGAGGCGUAUGUACGGUCUGCGUGUGUGUGUAUGUGUGCUUGCGUGUGAAGAUGAAGAGAAAGGGUGUAAGGGAAGCGUCGACUGUUCUAUUUUACUGGUCAUUUUCGUGCAUUCACCUCUGACCGAGUACGGUGUCUGAAUGUCCACUUACUGUGAUGGCACGUACGUUGUGUGUGCGUAACAACUUCUAGUCAGGACUCCGGACAGGGGUUUUUUACUCGCACAGUGAUGGAUUUGCAGGUGACAGUCUGGUAAAUACUCGGCAGUCGGAUGGACAAUGCGAUACGGUCUACAGCGAUUGUGGUCCUGCUGGAUGUUCUUUGUGCUCUGGCGGCGUUUCCGUCAUGAAAAUGUCCGACCAGGACAAACACGGCUAUACAGUGAGGACAGAUAGUAGGGGGGGGGGGGUUGGAACCUCAGUGGUGACCCCGGUUUUAGUGAUGUUUUGUUUUACAAGGGGUGAGCCGGAUGUGUUGGCAUUGCCUUGAGUCCAAAAGUGUCCAGCAGAAGUUAGGCAUUGACGUCUUGUUCCAGAUUUUGGCUUUGGCCUACUACUUUCGUGUGACUUUUAAUUGUGCCUUAUUGAAUGUUUAUCAUGUCUGUCAGUCCUGUGACAUCGGUCGAACCAGGAUUCAGCUCGUGAUCAGUCUUUGUCACGAGCACUUGAAGUGAUUACUUCUCCUCAAAAGCAUGAUUUACUAUCGGCUGUGUCGAGGUUGCCUCCAAAUUGUCUCCUGGAAAGUCGUGGCGACGACUGGGAGUUUGCGUUUUUGUGGAGAUUUUCAGCAGACGUCCCUUGUUAGAACAGUGACUCAAACCAUGACGAUCAAACAUCAGGUGUCGUAUUCUGGGUCUACCCGGGCAUUGAAGGGCCAGCUGGGGUUAUGUAAUCCCACCUGAAGUAAACAAACUCCAGCCCCCUGUAAUACACGACCGGUGGUUAUAGGGAUUCUUACAGGUAGGGUCGGGGGACGCACAGGCGACGAGGUCAAGUGGUUGUAUACAAAAGAAAAGCUAAUGGGAAUGCGCGGCUGUACUUUGAGUGGUUGAGAAAACGUUGCCCUAACUCCUAACCCUAACUCAUAUCCCUAACCCUGACUCCUAGUCCUAAACCCUAACCAAUAACCAUAACCCCUAAUUCUCACAAUAUUGUGUCCAUAAGAUGGGGAUAUAUAACCAAAUCCUACCCAUUGAAGUCGACAAGGGUAAGCAAUUAAUCCGCUUUCAGCACGGACUCUGAGUGGACACAAAAACCUUCAUAAAACUGUUCUUCCGCGUUCCUUUUGCCUGCGAUUGUAGGAAGGGGCGGACGCGGACAAUUAUGACGAUAUUUCUCCGAUAAAAUGGUAGCCUCUGUGAUUUGAGGCGCUCGGUGCUUCCAUGAGGGAGAGAAGACAGCUUCCAAACGAGGUUUAUUCAGAGGCAAGGGUGACUCCACCGUCACAGAGCUCUUCAUUGUGAUGGCACUCCAGACAAAGACGUAACCUCUACCGGACUCAUUCAGCUCUCAUUGAUCCGAGAAACGGGUCUCACUGCAUGCCAUGACGUUCGCAGUGAAACUAACUAGUCCUCAGUUGACAAGGUCAACCCUUUGCUCUGUCCGGUUGGCCUUUGGAUCAGACAAUUCUGCUUGCCAGAUUGACUUUGCUCGCUCUGACAGUAGGGUCAGAUGAGAUAGAAACGGCGAAUGCUCUCUCGCACACUACUUGGACAGUGUGUUUAGCGUCCAUGAACCACGGCUACCCCGCUGGCGGCAUGAUUAUCAGCAUUUUAGGACGCAUUGUCCGGCUUCUUUUCGCGUGAUGAGGGUAAAUAUUGCCUCCCUGAAAAUGCCUUCACAGGCAGUUGUGGAGUCCUGUUAUGGACCACGAAUUUGGAAAAACAAACAGAAUUAUUCUAGGCCGCCCGCUGCAUAAGGCACUUAAAGUGAGAGGCGGAAGUGGGAAGCUAUGGCUGACUAGGCAUGCGUGCUGGUUCAUCUUUCCCGACUGAAAUAGACUUCACACACACACACAGCUUCACCAAGCAGAAUGUUUAACUCGCCAGACGAAGCAUUUGCCCGACUGUGGCAGCUGCGCAAAGCGCCGCGUAAAGAUGCCUUGUGAGAUUUGGCUGGCAUUUAGGGCUUGACUGAGGCAACCAGCACGUGUGUUGGGGCUCGCGGCAUCCCCUAACAGUCUCUCAAGUAUGGCACCUACCUGGGUUCUCCAUGCAUCCCAGAAGAACGCGAUGUUCAUUGUCCUUUUAUAUCAUAUUUGUGGCGUUAGUCACUGUCCAUCCUUAACUGUGAGAGAUGGGGGUAGCCUCAGAUAUACGACUAGGAGGUCCGGGGGAGCAGCCUCAGAGUGAUCGGGGAUUUGCGGCUCACGGGAUGCCUGUGGGGUCCCGUAACUUGUCCGUUUCUCUGCAAGCCAAGUGUUUGGUUGCUGUCCGUCAUCGGACAAGCCGCAAUAGUCGGUCGCCCUGUCCCCUGCUCUGUCUUGCCAACUUUGGACUCGUUUAGCCCACGUGCGUAGAAGCCUAAUCACCACACUAAAUAUGACUGCUUCCUGUUACCAAUGUCUUAACUCAAAAUGACUCGGUGGUUGGUUCUGGCAGUCAGUCGUUGGGUUCUGCUAACGUUCAUACUGGGCAGUAGUGAACUCGGUCUUUGUUUUGAUUCCUGGCCAUAGAUUUGAGCUGCUCGCUCCAGAAAUUUCGCAAUGCUGAAUUUAUUUGUCCCGUUUGUGCUUGUCGCGUAAGAGCGCACAUCAAAACAUCUGCCCAGGUGUCACUUAACCCGCUUGACCCGCCCCCAUCCGAUCACGCCAUCUUUGAAAUGAGAACCCAAGGUCUGACACCUCGACGGGUUCAAAGUGGUGAUGCGAUGAGCCCACUUUUUUAGAAGACGACGUUGUCCACUUUCCUUCACACUUUCAUCCUAACCUGAUCUUUUUUACUCAAAUUGUAUUUCAGUUGGAGGCGCCCUUCACGCCAAAAUGCAAGGGUCCCGGUGAUGCGAGUAACUUUGAUGACUACGAAGAGGAACCGCUGCGCAUUGCUACUACAGAGAAAUGCAUUAAGGACUUCGCCGAAUUUUAA